ACUGGUUGUGUCCAUCCUGCACGGUGUGGAAGCUACCAGUGCAUGGCAGGGCAUUAUGGCUGUAGGAGGUUUGCAGAGUCAGUAUGGCACGAUGAGCAGCCCUGCAAGAUGGACUGGAGCCCAGGUGGGGUGGGUCACACUCGCGAUCAAACAGGCUGUGAAACCCUGUCCCUUGUGCUUUCAGAGGCUGCACAGUGGUGUUCUCAGAGAUCUGGAGCGACAAAAUCUGAAAAGGGAAAACAUUCGCCUGCUGGAAGAGCAGAUUGCUUUGACAAAGCGUCUUACAGAAGAAAGAGAGAAGAUGCUUGCGGAAAAGGGAUCCCAGCAGUCCUAGGUGGGACCUGACUUGUUAGA